AUGACUCUGGUUGAGGCUCUGGUGCAUGUAAGGAUCACCCUCCUGCAGCUCUGGCUGGGGCUAUUACUCUUCCAUUCUGGAUGGUCCCAAUAUAUACAUGCUCAACAUCACAGCCCCCCAGAAGUGGUCAUACCCUUGAGGGUCACUGGCACUGGAAUAGUCACAAGGUCUCCAGACUGGCUCUCCUAUAGCCUGUACUUUGGAGGCCAAAGCCAUGUUGUCCACAUGAAGACCAAUAAGUUUUUGGUAUCCAGAGAUCUCUCUGUGUUCACCUACACAGACCAGGGCACUCUCCUUGAGGACCAGCCUUUUAUCCAGAAUGACUGCUACUAUCAUGGUUAUGUGGAAGGGGACCCAGAAUCCCUAGUUGCUCUUACCACCUGUUUGGGGGGCUUACAAGGAAUACUACAGAUAAAUGAUAUUCUUUAUGAAAUCAAGCCCAAGAAUCUUUCUGGUACAUUUGAACAUUUGAUUUAUAAGAUGGACAGUGAAGAGAGAGAAUUACUCUCUGUGAGAUGUGCAGUAACAGAAGAAGAAAUAGAACGACAACUGAAGAUUCAAGCAAGGGCUGUUUCAACUCUGAAGCAAAGUGGCUAUGAAGGCUGGUGGAUCCAAACACGGAUAGUUGAACUGGGAGUGGUGGUAGACCAUAAACGAUUUCUUUAUCUGGAAAGGAAUAUGUCAAAACUGCAAGAUGAAAUAAUCAUAAUUAUAAAUGGAAUGAAUUCCUAUUUUUCUUUUGUGGGCAUUGAUGUGAUUUUAGUCGGACUUGAGGUCUGGACUGAAAGAAAUCCCAUAAAUGUGGAAGAUAAUGACAUACAGUCUGUCCUAAUAGACUUUUGCACUUGGAAGAGAGGAGACUUCAGUACCCGCAUUUCCCAUGAUAUUGCACAUAUUUACGUAAAUCACAGCUAUUCAGGCAUGUUGGGCCAAGCCAAUCUUGGCUCAGCAUGUAAUUUUGACUCCAAUUGUGCAAUUAGUAGUUUCUUAAAUGAUGAAGUACCUUAUUUGGCAUACAUUGCAACACAUGAGGUGGGUCAUGUUUUGGGUAUGCAUCAUGAUGAUGAUGAGUUAUGCAUAUGUGGGCAAGGGCACCGACAUUGCAUAAUGAAUUCAGGAAAUGUUUUUUCAACACAAUUCAGCAACUGCAGUUAUGCUCAGUUAUGGAACACCCAGAGAAACUGUCUGCGUAAUUCGCCAGUUCGAAAGGCCAUCUUUCCAUGGGUGCAAUGUGGGAAUGGUGUAGUUGAAGAUGGAGAGCAGUGUGACUGUGGAUCCUUAAAAUCAUGUACAAAUGAUUCAUGUUGCCUGCUAGGCUGUACUCUGAAACCGGGAGCUGCUUGUGCUUCGGGGCUUUGUUGUAAAGAUUGCCAGGUCUUGCCACCAAGGACCUUAUGCAGAGAGCAGGACGGUGAAUGUGAUCUUCCAGAGUGGUGUAAUGGAACUUCACCAGAGUGUCCAGAAGAUGUGUAUGUGCAGGAUGGGUUUCCUUGCCUGGGCAUAGGCUACUGCUAUAAAAAGACAUGUAAUAAUCGUCAUGAACAGUGUCAGAAAAUUUUUGGCAAGGAAGCUAGGAAUGCAAACCAUGGUUGCUACAAGGAAUUGAACAUGCGAACUGAUCGUUUUGGAAAUUGUGGUAUGACUAGUGAUAAAUACUUAAAGUGUAAAAUCUCAGAUAUCCUCUGUGGAAGAAUUCAGUGUUACAAUGUAACACAAAUUCCCUUUCUGAUAGAACACACUACUCUGCAUCACACUCACUUGAAUGAAGUCACCUGCUGGGGUACCGACUAUCAUCGGGGGAUGACCAUACCUGAUGUUGGUGAAGUCAAAGAUGGCACAGAGUGCGGUCUAGAACAACUAUGCAUUGACAGGAAGUGUGUCAAUAUAUCAAGCUUAAAAGGUACGUGUUCAACAAAUGAUUGCAACAUGAGAGGGAUCUGCAACAAUAAACAGCACUGCCAUUGUCACUUUGGGUGGGAUCCACCCAACUGUCUGAAGAAAGGUUCUGGUGGUAGUGUUGAUAGUGGACCAUCUCCACUAGAAAACAGGGAUAAAUUACUGCCCAAGAAAGAAGAACCUGAGGCUGAACCUCUCCCUGUGAAAGAAGAACCCAAAGUUCAAACUUCAUCCAAGAAAGAGCCCAUGAAAGAACCUAAAGUUCUUGAGAAAGAGGAAAAUUUUACAAAUCCAGAAGAUGAAUACAAACCUUAA